AUGAGUCGUCUCAUCACUACAUCAGCCUCAACUUUGAGAUUGAUGAGAAAGUCCACUUGCUCAAAUGUGCUCACUAUGAGCAACUAUACUUCGAAGAGAUCAUAUGCUGCUGCUGACGCCCAUGCAGAACCAGUUUCUGGUGGCAGUGAUUUGGUGUCAAUCACUCUACCAGAAUCAUCGUUUGAGCCAUACGACUUGGAACCACCAUCUUUGGAGUUUGAAACCGAAAAAGAAACCUUGUUACAAAUGUAUAAGGAUAUGAUUGUCAUCAGAAGAAUGGAAAUGGCAGCCGAUGCAUUGUACAAGGCAAAGAAGAUUAGAGGUUUCUGCCACUUGUCUGUUGGUCAAGAAGCUGUUGCUGUUGGUAUUGAAAACGCAAUCAACCACCAAGAUACUGUGAUCACUUCAUACAGAUGUCAUGGGUUUGCUCAUAUUAGGGGUGCCUCAGUCAAGUCCAUCUUGGCUGAAUUGAUGGGAAGAAGGUCAGGUAUCUCCUACGGCAAAGGUGGAUCUAUGCACAUGUUUACCAAGGGUUUUUAUGGUGGUAAUGGUAUUGUUGGUGCUCAAGUCCCAUUGGGUGCUGGCUUGGCUUUUGCUCAAAAGUAUAGAGGGGAAAGAUCAGUUUGUUUUAAUCUUUAUGGUGAUGGUGCAUCUAACCAGGGCCAAGUAUUUGAAGCAUUCAACAUGGCCAAAUUGUGGAAUUUGCCAGUCAUUUUUGUUUGUGAAAACAACAAAUAUGGUAUGGGAACUGCUGCUGCUAGAAGUUCUGCCAUGACCGAAUACUACAAGAGAGGUCAAUACAUUCCCGGCUUGAAAAUCAAUGGUAUGGAUGUUUUGGCUUCCUACCAGGGUGCCAAAUUCGCCAAGGAUUGGGCGUCGCAAGGCAAUGGACCAUUAGUAUUGGAAUACGAAACUUAUAGAUACGGUGGCCAUUCCAUGUCAGAUCCAGGUACCACAUACAGAACCAGAGAAGAAGUCCAACACAUGAGAUCUCGUAACGAUCCAAUUGCAGGAUUGAAGGCUGUCUUGUUGGAUAAAAACAUCGCCACUGAAGAUGAAGUCAAGGCAUACGACAAGGCUGCUAGAAAGUACGUUGAUGAACAAGUUGCUGCUGCCGAAGCUGAUGCUCCACCAGAUGCUAGAAUGGAUAUCUUGUUUGAAGAUGUUUAUGUUAAAGGAUCCGAAAUUCCAGUAUUGAGAGGAAGAAUCUCUGACGAUUCAUGGGAUUUCAAAAAGAAUGAUUUUUUGAAUAAGGUGUAUUAG